AUGGCGCAAAUGGAAGCGAUCAUGAAAAAACGCCAAGACGCCAUCUGUGCCGCGUACGAGGCGCAGUGGAACGCGGGCAAGGGUUCACACCACCCCGACUAUCGACCCGACGCCUACGGCGAAAACGUGGCCAAGGCGUCGCGCGAGACGGAGGAGCUCCUCAUGGCGAUUCACAAGAACGACGUCAAGCUCAUAUAUAACAAGAUCGAGGAAGGAGCGGACGUGAACUUUGUCUUCGGUCCGGCGUACGGGUGCGAGGAGGGAUACACCGCGCUCAUGAGCGCCUGCCACCGCGGACGUCUCGAAGCCGCAAAGGCGUUGCUGCGCUCGGGCGCCGAUCCCAACUUCGUCAACUACCACGGCGACGCCACAAUCUUCUGGGCCAUCGACGGCGGUCCAGAGCUCAUCAAACUCCUCCACGAUUACGGCGCCGAUCUCGACCUCCGGACGCCCAAGGACGCCACGCCUCUGUCCUACGCCCGGGCCAUGGGAAAGUACGGCUUGGUCGACGAAAAAGGCGUCUACCCCGAAGACGUCUUAAAGUUCUACGGCGCCUCCGUCUACGGCACCGAACCGCCGACGCAGGGCGUUCGAUCGCCCAGGGAAUCCUUCGACGUCUCCGCGCGCGAUUUCUCCCGCGAUCGCGGGUCGUACCAACGCGAACCCGAGCACCCGUAG